AGGGGCGAGAGGAGAAGGAAGAUGAAAAAGUUUAUGUUUAACGAGAUCAAGAUUGAGGAGCACGAGAUCGGAGAUCACAUUUACACAUGGCGACAUGGCUAUCUUUACGCUCAUCAUGGAAUAUAUAUUGGUGAUGGGAUAGUGAUCCAUUUCACCCCGGCAGCUGGUCGGGAGAUAGGAACAGGAACAUUCAUCGAUCGUUUCAUCUUCAGCUCAUCUCCCUCUCGUCGCUCUGAAUCCGAAUGUCCAAGAUGUGGUGAUCAUCCAAGGAACGACGGCGUCAUCUCUUCAUGCCUGGAAUGCUUCCUCUCUAGUGGUAAACUAUACCGUUUUCAUUAUGGUGCCUCACCGGGACUCUUUGUUGCCCAAGUUCUAGGAACGUGCACUUUUGCCCGUUCUGAUCCCUGCGAGGAUGUCCUCCGCCGUGCUGAAACUCUUCUCAAUAACGAUUUUGGAAACUAUAACCUUUUCAAGAACAACUGUGAGGAUUUCGCGAUCUACUGCAAGACUGGUUAUAUGUACUUCAGGACAGGUGGCAUAGGGCACAGUGGUCAGGCAGCGUCAUUCGCUGCAGUAGCUAGUGCACUAGCUUCAGCACUGGUGCGCCUCAUGCCUACCAGGGGCGGAGCCACAUUGGCUCCAGGGGGUUCAGAACCCCCUCGGCGAAAAAUUAGAGUGUAUUUUCAAAGUUAAAAUUAUUUUGUUAUAUAUAUAUAGUAGAUGUUGAACCCCUUGACUUCUUCGUGUAUUUACCUUUUAGAAUUUUUGAACCCCCUGGAUGAAAAUCCUGGCUCCGCCACUGAUGCCUACUACCGGUCUUGCAGCUGUUGGCUGGGGAAUUUACUGUGCCAACAGGUUUUUUUCUGAUAUCGGAGUUCGCAGGGAUGUGAUGAAAAUACCUGCAAAUAGGCUUGUUUCGCGCAAUCGACUUCUAGGUGUCUGAUCUGAACCUGCAUUACUCAUCAAGAUGGUUUCUUGGGACCAAAUUUUUAAUGUAUUUUAAGCAAGACUUGUUGACAUGAACUACAUGUGAUAUAUACGCUA